AUGCGGAAGGCCACAUCGCGGGUAUUACUGAAUGUGCCAGUCCCAACACCCCAUAUUGACGCCUAUGUGGGGCACACUGCCCUUGAGGACGAUUGCACCAAGGACUGGUGUUUCGGUCUAGUGGCCGUUGCCCAUUUCAUGCUCAGCGACAGUCGGGGACGCAGAUUUGUGACGGACGAGGCCAUCGACGUUGAAUAUCGCCUAGAAGCGGAAACCGAGAACUACACUGAUGCUAUUAUCAUGGACUUCGGAGCCAUCACUAUGUUCCUUGGCGAUAAAUAA